UAAGGCUAACGAAAAGGUCUUUGUGGUGGGCAGCAAUGAAAGACAUGACCCCAUUGGCAUGUGCAGUAGUUUCCCUGAAAUGCACCCACACGAUAUUUUAAAAUACAACUUCACGCCCUGCCCUGCAUCAUUCCAACAGCCAACGAAAUACAAAUUCAUUGUUUAAUCAUCAACAACUUUAAUUUGUGUUCCAGUUGCUUCCACUCUAGACUACCAUCACAUAUCUAAUAUUCGUUAUAGUCAAUUCAACGUAUGGCAGAAGCUUUCCUUCAAGUUGUGCUAGAAAAUCUCAAUUCUUUCCUCAAAGGGGAACUUGUAUUGCUUUUCGGUUUUCAAAAUGAGUUCCAAAGGCUUUCCAGCAUGUUUUCUACAAUCAAAGCCGUCCUUGAAGCUGCUCAGGAGAAGCAACUCAACGACAAGCCACUAGAAAAUUGGUUGCACAAACUCAAUGCUGCUACAUAUGAAGUCGAUGACAUCUUGGACGAGUAUAAAACUAAGGCCACACAAUUCAAGCAGUCUGAAUAUGGCCGUUAUCAUCCAAAGGUUAUAACUUUUCAUCACAAGGUUGGGAAAAUGAUGAAAGAAAUGAUAAAAACACUAGAUGCAAUUGCUGAGGAAAGAAGAAAUUUUCAUUUGCAUGAAAAGAUUAUAGAGAAACAAGCUGCUAGACGGGAAACAGGUUUUGUUUUAACUGAACCAGAAGUUUAUGGAAGGGACAAAGAGAAGGAUGAGAUAGUGAAAAUCCUGAUAAACAAUGUUAGUGAUCCUCAAGAACUUCCAGUCCUCCCAAUAGUUGGUAUGGGGGGACUGGGAAAGACCACUCUUGCACAAAUGGUCUUCAAUGAUCCGAGAGUGACUGAGCAUUUCUAUCCCAAAAUAUGGGUUUGUGUCUCGGAAGAUUUUGAUGAGAAGAGGUUGAUAAAGGCAAUUGUAGAAUCUAUUGAACGAAAGUCACUUGGUGACAUGGCCUUAUCCACUUUCCAAAAGAAACUGCAGGAGUUUCUGAAUGGAAAAAAAUAUUUGCUCGUCUUAGAUGAUGUUUGGAAUGAAGAUCAAGAGAAGUGGGCUAAUUUAAGAGCAGUCUUGAAGGUUGGAGCAAGUGGUGCUUCUGUUCUAACCACUACUCGUAUUGAAAAGGUUGGAUCAAUUAUGGGAACAUUGAAACCGUAUGAAUUGUCAAAUCUGUCUCAAGAAGAUUGUUGGUUGUUGUUUAUGAAACGUGCAUUUGGGCACCAAGUAGAAAUAAAUCCUAACCUUGUGGCUAUUGGAAAGGAAAUUGUGAAGAAGUGUGGGGGUGUGCCUCUAGCAGCCAAAACUCUUGGAGGUCUUUUACGCUUCAAGAGAGAAGAAAGAGAAUGGAAACAUGUGAGAGAUAGUGAGAUUUGGAAUUUACCUCAAGAUGAAAGGUCUAUUUUGCCUAUCCUGAGACUGAGUUAUCAUCACCUUCCACUUGAUUUGAGACGAUGCUUUUCAUAUUGUGCUGUGUUCCCAAAGGACACCAAAAUGGAAAAGGAAAAUCUGAUCGCUCUCUGGAUGGCACAUGGUUUUCUUUUAUCGAAAGGAAACUUGGAGCCCGAGGAUGUGGGUAAUGAAGUAUGGAAUGAAUUAUACUUGAGGUCUUUCUUCCAGGAGAUUGAAGUUAGAUAUAGUAAAACUUAUUUCAAGAUUCAUGAUCUCAUCCAUGAUUUGGCAACAUCUCUGUUUUCGGCAAGUGCAUCAAGCAGCAAUAUCCGCGAAAUAAAUGUAAAAGAUUACAAACAUACAAUGUCCAUUGGUUUCACUGAAGUGGUGUCUUCUUACUCUCCUUUGCUCUUGAAAAAGUUUGUCUCAUUAAGGGUGCUUAAUCUAAGUAAAUUAGGAUUUAAGCAGUUACCGUCUUCCAUUGGAGAUCUAACACAUUUAAGAUACCUGGACUUGUCUGACAAUAAAAUUUGUAAUCUUCCAAAGAGGUUUUGCAAGCUUCAAAAUCUUCAGACUCUUGCUCUAAAUAAUUGCUGCUCACUUUGUUGUUUGCCAAAACAAACAAGUAAACUUGGUAGUCUCCAAAAUCUUUUACUUGAUCAUUGCUAUGGAUUAAAUUCUAUGCCACCAAGGAUAGUAUCAUUGACAUGCCUUAAAACUUUAGGUCGUUUUGCUGUGGGAAGGAAGAAAGGUCAUAAACUUGGUGAACUACGAAAUUUAAAUCUCCAUGGCUCAAUGUCAAUCACACACCUUGAGAGGGUGAAGAAUGAUACGGAGGCAAAAGAAGCCAAUUUAUCUGCAAAAGCAAAUCUGCACUCUUUAAGCAUGAUUUGGAAUGGACCGCGUAGAUAUGAAUCAGAAGAAGUUAAAGUGCUUGAAGCCCUCAAACCACACCCCAAUCUGAAAUAUUUAAAAAUCUUUGGAUUCAGUGGUUUUCGCUUUCCAGACUGGAUGAAUCAUUCAGUUUUGGAAAAAGUCAUCUCUAUUGAAAUUUAUGGCUGUGAAAACUGCUCGCACUUACCACCCUUUGGGGAGCUGCCUUGUCUAGAAAGUCUAGAGUUAUACGACGGGUCUUGGGAGGUAGAGUAUGUUGAAGAGGAUAAUAUUCAUUCUAGAUUCCCUACAAGACGAAGGUUUCCAUCCCUGAGAAAACUUUGUAUAUGCCACUUUCGAAAUUUGAAAGGAUUGCUGAAAAAGGAAACAGAAGAGCAAUUUCCCAUGCUUCAAGAGAUGAAGAUUAUUCAUUGCCCUAUAUUUGUUUUUUCAGCUCUUUCUUCUGUCAAGGAAUUGGAAAUUGAGGGGGACACAGCUUUGUGCUCCAUAUCUAAUCUUAGCACUCUUACUUCCCUCAACAUUAGCAGUAACGACGAAGUGACUUCACUCCCAGAAGAGAUGUUCAGAAGCCUUGUAGAUCUCAAAUGCUUGAAAAUCUCUUUUUUCAAGAAUCUCAAAGAGCUGCCUACUAGCCUGGUUAGUCUCACUGCCUUGAAGCAUCUGGAAAUUCUUGGUUGUGAUGCACUAGAGAGUCUCCCCGAGGAAGGGCUGGAAGGUUUAACUUCACUCACGGAAUUAUCUGUUGAGUACUGUGAGAUGAUAAAAUGUUUACCGGAGGGAUUGCAGCACCUAACAUCCCUCACAAGUUUAACAGUUACUGGAUGUCCAGAACUAGAAAAACUCUAUGAGAAAAGGAUAGGAGAAGACUGGCACAAAAUUGCUCGCAUUACUAAUCUGGAUAUAUAUUAGUGAGUUAUGUAAUUUUCCGAUUUUCUUUUGGAAACAAAUGAAGGAUCAAUUUGUAUUAUACUUGUUAAGGUAAAAUCCAUUCACUCUACUUGCUGCUGUUUUAUCGGAUAAUGCACUUUUGGCUAACAGUUGUUGGUUAUCACUUUCUGAAUGAAUAUUGUGGCACAUGGAAAAAACACCAAACAGAACAGUUCAUGUUUUCUGUCAUGAAAUUGGAUGUCUGGGGGGAAAUAGAUGCAACAAGUAUUAGCUCCAUAUCUAAGCUUACAACGCACUAGAGAGUCUCCCCGAGCAAGGGAUGGAAGGAUUUACAUGUUUGUAUAGAAAUUGGUGUUUCUUCAUUUUUUUGGUUUUUCUUACAUGUUUGAAUGUCAGAAAUAUGUAUAUAA